UCGGAGCAACUUAAAUUGAGGGGAAACUUCGGGUUGGAGCCACUUUCUACCCGUAAACAGUUUAGGUGGGAGGGUAGCCGAACUGGUAACAGACAGGUUAGGGUGUUCGCUGUAGGUUUUACAUCUGUUUGUUUCUCAGUGUUUGGUCUCAGUGAGUGAAACAUGAGGUUCAGCGCUGUUGUCGUGUGUGUGUUCCUGCUUUGGGUUGAGGGGUCUCUGGGGGACACACCGGCUAACUGCACCUAUGAGGACCUGCUGGGGACAUGGGUGUUCCAGGUAUCCAAAGGAGGACACGACAAGUCCGUCAACUGCUCUGUAGAAGCUACAACUGAGAGCACAGUGACUGUGACCCUGGAGAAACUGUCUGUAGCCACGAAUGAUCUUGGACAAACAGGCUUCUUCACCCUCAUCUACAACCAGGGCUUCGAGGUGGUCCUCUCUGACUACAAAUGGUUUGCCUUUUUCAAGUACACCCAGGAUGGCUCAAAGGUGACCAGCUAUUGUGACCAAACCCUCCCAGGAUGGGUCCAUGACGUCCUGGGACGCAACUGGGCCUGUUUUGUGGGCAAGAAGGUGAAGCCUGUGCCACCCAAAGUGGAUCCCAAGCCUGUCUUCAGCACCGGACUGCUCCCGAAGCCAUACAAACACAACCUGGACUUCAUUGAUUUAAUCAACACGGUUCAGAGCUCCUGGAAGGCCGUGGCGUAUCCCGAGCAUGAGAUGUACACUCUAAAGGAACUGCAUUACAGAGCAGGAGGCCCCGCCUCCCGUAUCCCUGUGCGGGUUCGGCCUGCCCCUGUGGAGGCUGGUUUAGCCAAGAUGGCGGCAGCUCUCCCUGAGCACUGGGACUGGAGAAACAUUAAUGGCGUCAGCUUUGUUAGCCCUGUCAGAAAUCAAGCCUCCUGUGGAAGCUGUUACUCAUUCGCCACGAUGGGAAUGCUGGAGGCUCGAGUUCGAAUCCUUACAAACAACAGCGAUGCCCCCGUCCUCAGCCCUCAGCAGGUGGUCUCCUGCUCUGAAUACUCCCAAGGUUGCGAUGGGGGCUUUCCCUACCUGAUAGGGAAGUAUGUACAGGAUUUCGGCAUUGUGGACGAGUCUUGCUUUCCUUACACUGCAAAGGACUCUCCAUGUGACCUUCCUCAAAACUGCGGCCAAAUGUACACAGCAGAGUACGGGUAUGUGGGUGGAUUCUACGGUGGCUGCAGUGAGGUGGCCAUGAUGACUGAGCUGGUCAACAAUGGACCGAUGGCAGUUGCUUUGGAGGUCUACCCUGACUUCAUGCACUACAAGGAAGGCAUCUACCACCACACUGGCCUCGCAGACUCCAUUAAUCCCUUUGAGCUGACCAACCAUGCCGUGCUGCUGGUGGGCUAUGGCCGCUGCCACAAGACCGGGCAGAAGUACUGGAUAGUGAAGAACAGCUGGGGCAGCGGAUGGGGCGAGGAGGGCUACUUCCGAAUUCGCCGGGGAAGCGACGAGUGCGCCAUCGAGAGCAUUGCAGUUGCAGCCAGACCCAUCCCCAAAAUGUAGAAGCUUUAAAGUCCAGAUCUGGAUAAAUUAGUACCUUGAUCACAAUUCUGAAUCCUUUAAAUGUCAUGUAUGCUGUUUUAAUCUAGGUAGAAGAUACAGAGCUGUAAUUGGUCACAUAGAACCGGACUGGUUUAACCAGCACAUGCAUAAAUGCAUGAAAAGUUACUGAUUAAGUUGAAUGGAAAUCCUGUGUUUCGGUUUUAAACACAUUAACCCUAAGAAUGUAGCAACAAUUAACAGUUUUGAAAUUUAGAAAUGUUUACAGAAGUGACUCAAAAUUAUGGAAUGGAAAAGCUAUCAUCGAAUGAAAACAGUGUUAAAACACAAUA